ACGAUCUGCGUACGGUAGCUGGGUUGGGGUCGGGCUCCGGGAAUGGUGGGCCGCGGCUGCCGGGUGGGGCGCGACGGUAGCCUAGCUCCGGGCGGGGUGGGAGCCCGGGCGGGGGACCUCCGGGGCGCCGGGUCCUGCCCGUACUUUUCCCCCUUCCCAGUCAUUUCCUCUGCGGAGCCUCUACCCCUGCAGUGGGUGCGGGACCCCUCGCCGCUCUGGCUAGGGGAUCCGGAGCAGUUAGCGGGCCAGGGCCAUCGGACAGCAAAGUGGAAAGCCGGGUGGGCACCCGGCUGCGGGAGGAGCGGUCAGGCUGGCACUGCCCUCCUAACUUGCUUUGAUCCUGCCAGUCUCAUCCCGCAGAGCCGGUGCCAUCUGUGGGGGCUUUGGGCCGGGCGUCUCCCGACAGCAUGAGCGUGGGCUUCAUCGGCGCUGGCCAGCUGGCUUUUGCCCUGGUCAAGGGCUUCACAGCAGCAGGCAUCUUGGCUGCCCACAAGAUAAUGGCUAGCUCCCCAGACAUGGACCUGGCCACGGUUUCUGCCCUCAGGAAGAUGGGGGUGAAGCUGACACCCCACAACAAGGAGACGGUGCAGCACAGUGAUGUGCUCUUCCUGGCCGUGAAGCCACACAUCAUCCCCUUCAUCCUGGAUGAGAUAGGCACCCACAUUGAGGACAGGCACAUCGUGGUGUCCUGUGCGGCCGGCGUCACCAUCGGCUCCAUAGAGAAGAAGCUGUCAGCGUUUCGGCCGGCCCCUAGGGUCAUCCGCUGCAUGACCAACACCCCCGUCGUGGUGCAGGAGGGGGCCACCGUGUACGCCACAGGCACACACGCCCAGGUGGAGGACGGGAGGCUCUUGGAGCAGCUGCUGAGCAGCGUGGGCUUCUGCACAGAGGUGGAAGAGGACCUGAUCGAUGCUGUCACGGGGCUCAGUGGCAGCGGCCCCGCCUACGCAUUCACAGCCCUGGAUGCCCUGGCUGACGGGGGCGUGAAGAUGGGACUUCCAAGGCGCCUGGCAGUCCGCCUCGGGGCCCAGGCCCUCCUGGGAGCUGCAGUCCAUGGCUGACCAGGAGCAGGUGUCACCAGCCGCCAUCAAGAAGACCAUCCUGGACAAGGUGAAGCUGGAAUCCCCUGCAGGGACCUCUCUGUCGCCUUCUGGCCACACGAAGCUGCUCCCCCGCAGCCUGGCGCCAGUGGGCAAGGAUUGACAUGUCCUGCCUAACCACCACCCUGCCACCACUUUCUCUCCUGUCAUCACUAGGGGGACUAGGGGGUUCCCCGAUAGUGGCCCACUGUCUGGCUCUGAUCAGCGCAGGGGCCAGCCAGGGACAUAGCCAGGGAGGGGCCACGUCACUUCCCACUGGAAAUCUCUGUGGUCUGCAAGUGCUUCCCAGCCCAGAACAGGGGCGGAUUCCCCAACCUCAACCUCCUUUCUCCUCUGCUCCCAAACCAUGUCAGGACCACCUUCCUCUAGCGCUCAGGAGCCCAGAGGGUCUUCACCCACUCUUACUCCAGUGUCAGCUGGCAUGGGCUCCUUCCUGAGUACAAAGAUCAAGGGUCCCCUCUGUGAAGGCUCAGCAGAGGUGGGAUCCCACACCCCCUCCUGGCCCCUCCCUGCCCUCCAUUCAGGGAGAAACCUCUCCUUCCCGUGUGAGAAGGCCCGGAGGGUCCAUGCAUCCCGAGUCCAGCGAGAAGGACCACAGCCCCUCUUGGCUGCCAAGCACCCAGAUCCCACAGACAUCUGGGGAAAGGGCUCCUUGAGUUGCCGGUGAACUUCCUGUGGCCACCGCCUCCUGCUCCUGACCUCCCUGGCAGGGUGCUAUCACUUCUGUCCUGGCCCUUCCAGUUUUAUAAAUUGGUCUCCAACCCCUAGUGCCCUGACUUCUGUCUGCCAGAUGAGGAGGGAGGCCCUGCCUGUCAGGGAGGGUGGUCACUGUGGAUGGAAUAGUGGGGCCUUCAACUGAUUACACAAGGCCUGCCCACAUCUUGGAGCCUUACUGAUUAAAAUGUCAAUGUAAUCUAAUGCAAAAA